AGAUACAGUCGGAAUGCCUCCGGCCCAAAAGUACCUAAAUUAUAUCGUUAGCUUUCUGAGGCAUCAUUACUGUCAACGAAUGACUCAACAUGUCGAGAGGACUACUUCAAGCAGCGCAAUCUCACGAGCUAUUGCAGCUACAUCAUGAUUUCAUAGGAUUCCUCAGUAGUUAUUUUGAGAGACAUCGGUUUCCUUUCACAAAAGGGGCUUCGAUGUUCGAUUUCCGGCGGUAGGGAAGCUAUCUCACAAUCAACAAGUAGCCAGCCAGGAAAAUCCCCAAUAGCGAAUAACUGUGCUAUGAUGGGUGACUAUAUGUGAGAUUGUUAAUGACUGUUCCCCAAAAAAACAUAGUCCAGCAUUUACUCUUAGUGUUAUAAGACUGAGCUAACUCACUCGAUCAUCCACACUUAUACAUAGGUUGGCAUAACUAAUACCUUGAGCCCCUAUAAUCACUACUCCUCACCGCCCCCAAGAGAACUGGCUACCUAGGUAUUUAUCAGAAAGUCGCCUAUGCGACCACGAAAUGGAGCAGAAUUAUUCCCUAGUCGAGGCGACGCAUCAUUUCAAGUCAAUACCAUGGUGCGUCGCUCUUCUUGAGCGUCCUGGUGUGAUUACAUUUACCCCCACCUCUCGAUUGCCAGAGGAUCCUACCGGUCACUCUCCAACUCAAGACCAAUUAUUUCGGAAGACGCUCAACAAUGCCGACACCGUGCCUCACUGUAUCGGCUUCUACCAAGACCCGGUUUCCUCUGAUUUGGAUAUAGAGGAAAGCCCUUCUGCCUCGUUGGGCUCGUCCUCACAACUUAGCCCAAAACUUUUCAUCAACUCCGCACCCCUUAUUUUCGACCUAUGUCCAGGUGUGAAUGGAUAUAAUGGGACAGCCCAAGGCGGAUUCAUCAGCUCCCUGAUAGAUGAGGCAAUGGGAAACCUCAUUUUUACCAAUUAUCAAGUUCAGGGGCGUGAAGAGGCACAAGGGCGGCGUUUGCCACGAGGCGUUUUGAAUUUGAAUAACGCCCGAUUCUUUACUGCGAGCAUGACUGUGCGGUUUCUGAAGCAUUUACCUACCCCACAGACUGUCGUCGUGACAGCAUCUCUUAACAGAAUAGAGGGGCGGAAAAUGAGUUUAGACGUAACGGUCAAGAACAAACACCAGGUGGAGUUUGCAAGAUGUGAUGGUCUCUGGAUGUCGCUGCCAAAGGAGAAGAUGUGACUGAUAAGUAAUAACUUCCGUGAUUUCAAUCCUAUCAAGGAUCCGGUUACCAUAUAUCUCCACUACUAGUAGCUACCUAGGUAAUUACUUCAAACUACCUUAUGUUACCCCAACUGGUAUCUCUGUAGACCAUAUAGUCUAUUUAGUAAUUAUUGAAGUAGAUAUUAGUCAGUAAUUGCCAGUUGCUUGGUGCUAACAUACGACUUGAUC